CCGGGGGCUGCGAAGUGAGCGAGGAGGACAAGGGCAUGCUCAGUGGUGCCGGCGGUGAUGCGGGCCUUUCCAACGCCGCGGCGCGGGGGCAAGUGGAGGCCGUGCGGCAGCUCCUGGAAGCCGGUGCUGAUCCCAACAGACUCAACCGCUUCGGGAGGCGCCCGAUCCAGGUCAUGAUGAUGGGCAGCGCCCGCGUGGCCGAGCUGCUGCUGCUCCACGGUGCGGACCCCAACUGCGCGGACCCCGCCACCCUCACCCGACCCGUGCACGACGCCGCGCGGGAGGGCUUCCUGGACACGUUGGUGGCGCUGCACCGAGCCGGGGCGCGGCUGGACGUGCGCGACGCUUGGGGCCGCCUGCCCGUGGACCUGGCUGAGGAGCGGGGCCACCGCGACGUCGCCCGCUACCUGCGCGCGGCCGAGGGAGACUGAUGGCGCUUGUACACAGCCGCCCCAAACGACUU